AUGGACUCCAACAAGGACCUGCGCAUCGCCAUCGUCGGCUCCGGCAUGGGCGGCCUGGCCUGCGCCCUCGCCCUCGCCCGCAAGGGCUUCAAGCGCAUCGACGUCUACGAAAUCGCCUCGAACCUGGGCUUCGUCGGCGCCGGCAUCCAGCUGGCCCCCAACCUGGCCCGCAUCCUCGACCGCCUGGGCGUGUGGGCCGACAUCGAGGCCGAGGCCGUCGACCUGAAGGAGACCAGCAUCCGCCAGGGCUCCACCGACGCCGAGCUCGCCCACGUCGACCUCAACUACAUCCGCGACACGUACGGCUACCCGCACAUGGUCGGCCACCGCGCCUCGCUCGCCGGCUCGCUGUACGAAGGCUGCAAGCGCGAGAGCGACGCCAUCACCUUCCACUUCGGCACCGUCGUCAAGGAAGUGCUGUCGUGGGGCCCACAACCGCGCCUCCAAGCCCAGCCGCGCGACGGCGCCCCCUUCGAGAUCGAAGCCGACGUCGUCCUCGCCAGCGACGGCGUCAAGAGCGUCAUCCGCGACCAGAUGCUGCGCGAGCUCCGCAUCGACGCCUCCAUCGUCGACACGGGCCAAGCCGCGUACCGCAUCAUGCUCACCCGCGACGACAUGAAACACGACCCCGAACUCCUCCAGCUGCUCGACACGGAAGCCGUCACGCGCUGGAUCGGCGAAAAACGCCACAUCAUCGCGUACCCCGUGUCCGGCAAAAACAUCUACAACCUCUCCACCGUCCAGCCGGACAAGAACUUCGCCGACGCCCCCUCCAUCACCUACACGACGAAAGGGUCCAAGGCCGAGAUGCUCCGCGUCUUCGGCGACUUCUGCCCCAAGAUCGUGCGCAUGCUCGACCUCGUCCCCGAAGGCGAGGUCUGCGAGUGGAAGCUCCGCGUCCACGCCCCCCUGCCCACCUGGGUCCACGGCCAAGUCGCGCUCGUCGGCGACGCCUGCCACCCGACGCUGCCGCACCUGGCGCAGGGCGCGGCGCAGGCGAUCGAGGACGCGGCGGUCCUCGCGGAGGUGCUGAGUCGCGUGCCCGAUCGCGAGCCGGGCACGAUAGACAAGACGUUGCGCGUCUAUCAGGAGCUGCGCAAGGAGCGCGCGGAGACGCUGGUGGAGCUGGCGGCUGCGAGUGGGCGGGCGUUGCAUCUGGGCGAGGGCGCGGCAAAGGAGGAGCGCGACAAGCAGUUUGCGGCGCUGAAGGAGAAGAAGGGCGGCGCCGUGCCGGAUAAGUGGGCGGAUGCGGAUGUGCAGAAGAAGAUCUACGGGCACGAUUGCAUGCAGGUCGCGGCGGAGCGGUACGAGGCGUUGCUGCGGGGGAUGGGCCAGGAGAAUGGGGUCGCGGCGUAG